AAGAAACAUAAACACAGAACUACAAAAAGCCGAUGCCACGGAAGCGAAAACCAGGGAACAGCACACAAAUGAUUAAUGAGAUUUCAUAGAUUUUCCCAUAGUCGUAAACUGGCAUUAAGCUUCAACUGCAACAGCACUUAUUUUCUCUCGUUAAUUUUCCGCCAAUUCUUUCCUAAAUUUCUCGCUAAUUUCCAAGUUUCAAACUCGGAAUAUCAACAAUGGCGAACACAGAAAUUGCUGGGAAAAGUUUGGUGGACUUGGUCUUCUCUUGGUCAAUCGCUGAUAUUCUCAACAAAGACCUCUAUAAAAACAAGGGCCAUGUCUGCAAACAACACAAAAUCCCAAGCAGUUCAGAACUGUACAAAUAUAACAGAGAUUUGGAAACAGAGAGUAGACACAGAGCAAAGAGGAGACAAAAAGCAGCACCUCAAUCUUUUUGUGGUCAGAGAAGGUGGCGGAUACAGCAUCAACUGCCUGAGAAAGUGAGAAGAGAUGUUGAUGGGGAAAGACAGCUACUUCCCGAUGGCCAACUUCUUAGUUAAAGUUUAUUUUUUGGAUCGGAAGAUCUGAGUAAUGGUGAAACACGAAGGUAGAAUAAAAGAGGAGAGUGAUAUGAAGUCUUCAAGGUUGCUGUCUUCUUCUUUGAUCAGCAGCUAGAGAUGACUUAAGGGACUGGAGAUGCAUAUUCUUAUAGUCAAACAAAUUCCGAAGUCAUUUAGCUCCGUUACUGACUACUUGGACUCCUUUAUUUUUCCUUUGAUUGAAGAAAUGCGUGAAGACCUGUGUUCUAGCCUGACAUUGUUGUCGCGUGCUCCGACAUGUGAGAUUAGCUGCAUUGAGAUAACUGAAGGCUAUAAACCACCUGAUAAUCUUAUAUGUACUAUUGAUCUGAAGGCGACUGACUGCUUUGAGGAUAAUUUUGAACCAUAUGAACCUGAAUCUGGAGAUCUUUUAGCAUUAACAAAUGUCAGACCUAAAUGUCUGGCUGAUAUUGACAGCCCUAAACUACCAUUCCUGAUGGCUUUGGUUCAGAGGGUGACAGAGAAAAAUGAAGAAGGAUAUAAGCUUUCAGUUCGGCUAUCAAAACCUAUUGCGCCUGAAGUAUGUAUUUUGGAGAAGGGCUGCUGGGUAACUUUUGCAGUUCUUCUGACUAACCUCACUACAAAUAAUCGUAUAUGGAAAGCAUUGAACCUUGAACUGGGUGAGGGUAGCUUUAACAUCAUCAGUAACGUGCUACAGAAGGAUCCAACUGUGUGCAGAAAUUGUGCCAUCUGCUUUUCUAGGGAAAGAAACUGGAUUGAAGCCACAACCUCAGGAGCAUUGAUCCGCUCAUUGGAUUUGAAUAAAUCCCAAGAAGAAGCUGUGUUAGACUGUACUGCCCUGAAGGAAUGUUAUCAUAAAUGCACAGUUAAACUUAUAUGGGGUCCUCCAGGAACAGGGAAGACUAUGACUGUAGCUUCUUUCUUGUUUGCUAUGUUAAAGAUGAAGUGCAGAGUAGUUACAUGUGCUCCAACUAAUGUUGCUGUGAUUGGAAUAACAAAACGACUGUUGAAAGCAGCUUCAAAGUUCUUUGAGUAUGGAACUUAUGGUCUUGGAGACAUGGUUUUAUUUGGUAAUGCAAAGCGAAUGAAGCUAGAUGAUCAUGCAGAACUUUUUGAUGUUUUUCUUGAUUUUCGUGUUCACAUGCUUAACAAGUGCCUUCAGCCCUCAUCAGGUUGGGUGCAUUGUUUAGAAUCAUUGAUAUGUUUGAUUGAGAAUCCAGAACAGGAAUAUCAUCUGUAUCUGCAAGACAAAAGCAAUAAAGAUGGUGAUAAUGAUUAUGGUGAGGAUGAGGAGGAUCAGCUACUAGACGAAGUAAAAGGUGAGCUGGAUGUUAGAAGUGACCAAGAUAGAGAGGCACCGAAGAUUGCUGAAAGUUAUAAAAGGAGAACUUGGAGGAAGAUAAUAGAAGAGCACAUUAGACCAGGAAAUAAAAAGCACCGGAUAAAGGCUGCAAGACAACAACAAAGUGCUCCAGAAUUCAAGAGUUAUGAAAAGAAUAGUAAUCACUUAAGAAAAAUAUUAUCACUUGAAGAGUUUUACCAAAAAGAGUUCCAUGUUCUUAAGAAUAGGUUGAAGUUUUAUGCACCUAUCUUAUACACUCACUUACCCACAUCUUUUAUUUCGUUAAGGGUUGUGAAAAGCAUGAUAAACACUCUCAAUACAGUUGACAAUCUUAGCUCAUUUUUUAGUUCCACUAAUGUUCCCGGUGGUGAGGCAGAUAUAAUUAAAGAGGGGUGCCUGCAAGAACUUAAAGCCCUUCGUGCUCGUUUUGAUGUACCAGACAUACAUGGGACAUAUUCUAUCAGAAGUUUUUGUUUGCAAAAUGGGAACCUGUUUUUUUGCACGGCCUCCAGUUCUGCUAGAUUGCAUAUUGAUGGACCUAGGCGGAUAAAUAUAGUAGUUAUUGAUGAGGCUGCUCAACUCAAAGAAUGUGAAUCUACUAUACCUCUGCAGCUUCCUGGUCUUCGUCAUGCUAUUCUCAUAGGAGAUGAACGACAGCUCUCUUCUAUGGUGAAAAGUAAGAACUCCGAGAAGGCUGGAUUUGGCAGAAGCUUAUUCGAACGGCUUGUAUUUUUGGAGCAUGGGAGACACCUUUUGAAUGUCCAGUACAGAAUGCAUCCACUGAUUAGUUUGUUUCCGAAUAAGGAGUUCUAUGGAAAGCAGAUAUUAGAUGCUCCCAUUGUGUUAGAUAAAAGAUACCAGAAGCACAUACUCCCAGGAAAGUUGUUUAGCACGUAUUCUUUCAUAGACGUCUCGUGUGGGCAAGAAAUGUCAGAUGAUGGGCACAGCAUAAAAAAUAUGAUAGAAGUAGCUGUAAUUUGUGAAAUUCUAUGCAGACUUUCUCGAGACGUGAGUGCCUCAAAACAAAGGAUUACCAUUGGCAUUGUAUCUCCGUACAAAGCUCAAGUCAAUGCAAUUGAACAGAAGAUCCGAGACACAAAAAUCAUAGGGGAAAAUGUUGGAUUUACUGUAAAUGUUCGCUCUGUUGAUGGUUUUCAGGGUGGUGAGGAGGAUGUGAUUCUAAUCUCCACUGUCAGAUGCAAUGGGAAUGGAUCAGUGGGGUUUCUUUCUGAUUGCCGAAGAACUAAUGUGGCUUUGACAAGAGCAAGAUAUUGCCUUUGGGUAAUUGGGAGUGGAGAAACUUUGCUCUAUAGUGAGUCAGUUUGGCAGAAAUUAGUUAUUGAUGCCAAAACCCGUGGAUGUUUCUUUGAUGCUGAAGAAGAUGACGGUUUGGCUUGUGCUAUUGCUUUUGCCUUGCUGGAGCUUGGCCAGCCUGAUGGAUUGCUUCAUGUGAAUUCAUUGUUAUUCAGAAGAUCUAGGUGGAAGGUCUUCUUCAGCAACACUUUUCAGCAAUCCAUGGCAAGAAUAGAAAAAGUGGCGGUCCGUAAAGAGGUGCUCUUGUUGUUGUCAAAUAUUUCAACUGGUUUCCGCAAACCACAUCAAGAGAGAUAUGUAAGCUUCAAGGAUUUAAUUCCUCGGUUGUUGGAGUACAUCAAGGUGGAUGAGAUGCUGCAUGUCAUAUGGAAUGUCGAUAUUAUUGAGGAAAAUGCAAGCUAUGUGCAAAUUUUGAAGGUCUGGGAUGUGCUUCCGUGGUUUGAGGUACCCAAGUUAGUAAACCACCUAAAUACAUUCUUUUCAACUUACUCAACGGAGCGCCUUAACUGCUGCAAGUUCAGAUGUGCAGAAGGGAAUUUGGUAGUUCCAAUGACGUGGCCAAUUGAUUCAUUCUCAAGCGGAAAUAAUUUGACCAUGUCUGAUUACAUAGAGGUGUUGGCAAGGAAGUUUUCAUUGCUUACUUUAAAGGAUUGAAGAGUCAGUCUCAAGGUGCACGGUUUGCCUAUUAGAGCCUGUAUAUAUCUUGGUAAGAAUUAAUCAAUCAUGUUUGUGACCAUCUUUAUAAUCAGAAGCGGAUGUUCUCAAUCUGCUGAUAGGUAAGCACUUUUGUCGUGACUGAUUUGAACAGUUAGCUUGUCUGAUAAGAACUCAGUAGUUGACAUCUUGAUGUUGAAGAGUGACAACCAAAAUAUACAUGUUUCCUUCCUACAUUAUUAGACCAUGUUUAGCUUUGGUGAAUUGGCUGGGGAAGAACUGAAUUUUUGCUGAUAUAUUGGUUUUACUAAGAGCAAUAUUGUAUAGAAUGCAUUUUGACUAAUUUGUAUAGGUGCACAGCAGGAAGCCAGGAACUGAUAAAACAUUUGAUAUAUUGAAGGAUAUUUACGUUUGAUGGUGAAAAUGGCAGCUUGAUAUAUUUGGGUACCCUGGUUGGGAAUUGGAAAGUAUCAAAACUGAUGUUUGCAUUACAUUGUUUUGCAUUAAAGUCCGCUAAGAAUAUGUCUGGUGUAGGUUGAGGUGUCUUGUACAAAUUACAAUGUGGUUGCUCGGCAUCUAUAUUUGCGAAUUAUCGUGAUUUUCAAUUUCCUCCAUUUUAAAAGGGCUAUCAAACGAAAGUUACUUUAGAAAAGAUAUUUAACCCUUGAUCAUGAUAACAAUGGUCUAAGUUAGCAACUACGUAGUAUAUUUGAGGAAGAAAUGAGAGUAUAGACGCGGGCCAUCAACAUUACUAAUCUUGCGUAAAGAUUGUUUAAAAUUACUA